GUAGUGAAAAAAAGAAGAGGAAAGUCAUCAGUUUAGAGCAAAAAAAUAAAAAAUAUAAAUCAGCUUGAUGCAGGAAAAACUGUCACAGUCACCAUCUUCGACUUAUGACAAUUUUGACUCCUCUCCAACGUAAGUAGAGGACUACCUGUGUACUGAAUAACAGACGGCUUCUGCCAGUAUUCAUUUUAUGAUAAUCACAUUAUAAUAAUUCCAGUAAUUGUUUGUAAUAUUGUUACACUUUAUAACAUUUAAUACAAUUUAAUAAAAUACAAAAAUUUUGGGUAAAAUCAUGAGGCUCACCAACAAUGCACAUAAAUCCUGUUAGCAGCCUCCUCCAGAACACAGAACUAACAGUUCGAUCACUUCUCCUAUGCUUUUUAACAGUAUCUGGGGUGUUAAAUAUCACGCAACCACAGAACUGGUUAGCAGCAUGCAUUGUGGUAUAACAUGUUUCCGUUGUUGUGUUUCAGAUGGCAAGAGGUGGUGGAAUCAGCAGGAUCCCAUUGCAGCAUCUGCCCAGUGUCACCUGACCUACUGGAAGGUAUUUUUCCUAAUGACUGUGUGUCUGCUGGAGAUUGUGGAUGGGAAAAGACUUGCGGAGGAGAGAGAAGAAUCACACUCCACUACACUGAUGGCCCAAAAAGAACAACGACCAACAUGGGCUGCACUUUAUGAUCCAUCCUUGGCAGAGGAAGGAGAGGAAUACAGGGCCAGAUGGCAUCGAUCUCUAGCAGAUGUUUCUGAAGCUUAUCGAAAAUCCCGCAAAGAACGCAAGAACCGUAAGCGUCAGCGAGAAAAUCUGAAGCAGGACUGUCACCUUGAGAAGAAACAGAUGCGUGUUCGUGACCUGGGCCUCGGCUAUGAUUCAGACGAAAUCGUGCUCUUUAAAUACUGUGUGGGGACGUGCAUGAGCUCGCGAAGGAACUAUGACAUUGCGCUUAAAAUUCUGACUGAGAAGGGCAACAUCUUGGGCCGUGAUGUAAGCACUCAUCCAUGCUGCAGGCCUACACGCUUUGAGGCAGUGUCUUUCAUGGACACCCAAACAAACUGGCAGACCAUCCGGUGGCUCUCAGCAGCCAACUGCAGCUGUGUGGGGUGAGAGGAGGAGCAGCUGGGCAAAACUGGGAAAUAAGUUAAAAAAAACAAACUAAAAAAACUCUAGAAAGGACGAAGACAAGAAUAUGUCGAAGUUCUAUCUCUUCUGGCACCUCAGAUCGAGAGCUGAGCUGGUUGUUUUAUAAGGAGCAAUGCGACAGAUGCAGCUUACGUGCCAUGAACAAGGUGCAACAGAGAAGAUAAAGGUAUAAUAAUGAUGGUGCAAGCGAUUGUGCUUUCCUGUCACAGUGGAAAGGAUGCACAUCUGAUACUGUAUGGAAUAUGAACUGAUUCAUGUGAGAAAGUACCUGAGAAUGCAAUAUGAAACGCAUCAUAUAUCAAAAAGAGUUGUACUUAAGAGUAACGGGGAAAAAAUGUACUGAAAAGUAUAUUUUUGGACACUAGGAACCACAGACUUGAAGAAGGGUUUAUACUGUGGAAUAACACACACACACACACACACACCACACACACACCACACACAGUAUAUUACAUUUCACCUUCCCUUCAUAAAAUAACAGCCUCUGUCAUUAAGUUAUUAAACAGUCAUUCAUAUGUCUGUAGUAUUUAUGAGACAUGGGCUGAUUUUAAAUAUUCAACAUGAUAUUACAUAUUUAUCGUGAUAAUUGCCUAACCUUUUUAUCCAGGAACCGUAAAACGUAUUAAAUGUUGACCCAAAUAAGAACACAUCAAAUUUUAUUUUAUUUUAGAAACCUUAGAGGACAGCUCUACCAUGUCAGCACAUGCAACAUGUAGAGUAUGCUAAAGCAUGCUAUUCGUCUGGGUGGUUUACACUUUGAAAUGAGUCCAGCUUUUUAGAAGACACAUGCAGCCUCUUCUUCACCUCAGCCAGGAUGCACAUCAGCAUAGGCUCACGUAUUGCUACAUUAGCAAAUAUUUUACUCAUUUUUUUAUUUUAUUUUUUUAAAGGUCAGUCCUGAUUCUGGUGGUUUGAUAACAAUGAACUUGUUGAAGCACCAGUAACAUACUUAUUUCCUUACAUUAUUACCUCAGUGGCUUUUCUGCAUUGUUGAUUUUAUUUAAUCACAGCUCUCUUAUUAUUGUAACAGCUUUGGAUCUAAUUAUGAUAUGCAUUAUAUUUUUUUUCUUGUUUCUACAAAGGUUUGUCUAUGACUAUGAAUUCAGGUUCACAGUUAAAUCAUCCAAUAGGCAUUAUAUACAUAUGUUCAAAAUGAAGCAUUACAUGGCUUGUCUAGUUUGUGUAUCUAAAAGACACAGUUCACUUUUUAAUUGUGCAGAUGCAGCUAUAAAAUUUUAAUUUGGGUGAUUUUAUUUGUUUUUUUUAACCUCGAAGGAAAGGAAAUUCCUCAGCGCAUAAUUGAAGAAUUUAAUUUAAACUAAAAUUCGAUCAUUGUUUUAUAGCUUGUGUCACUACUAUUAUUCAUGGUAAAAUAAGAACGUGUCCCAGAGAUGUGUACCUGUCAUUCAGGAUAUUUAUAAAAAUCUUGAGUAGUCAGUAUGUCAGUAGAAACAUGACUUGAUUUGUGCUAGUUGAAACAAACUAAGUUAAAUAAAGUCAGAGAUAUUUGUUUAUCAAUAUUACUAAACCUAAUGUUAUUCCGCUCCAAUGUUUUUGAACAGGUUUAAUUGUGAUAUCGGAUUGAUGAGGCUGUAACAAGUGAGGGGUGUGUCAUCAACCCAUUCAUAGUUUAAAGCAAAGCUUUUUUUUAAUGCUGAAUGCAAAUCUAAUUUCAACAGCAUUUGCAUACCGACAGUAUUUUAUGUUCACUGUUCAUUUCAUGUCGGAACACACCGAUUAAACAAGCCAUGCUCACUUUCUCUUCAUGUUAUAUCCACAUUGUGGUGCUUUACUUCUAUAUAAACCAUUUACAUUUACAUGAAGGGAAUUGGAAACUAAAGAUGUGAUUAGGUGGUCUCACCAUGCAGACUUGUCCAACAUAUAGACAUCAAAAGAAAAAUCCAAGCAACGUUGACUCAAUUGUUAUAUGUCAGCAUAAUACUGCUUUUACCAAUGUGUGUCAGUUCACUCUUGCUUCCAUUCACCAUAUUGUGAACUAUUCCAUAGCUUCAGGAGCACAACUGAAGUCUCAAAUGUCAGAAUCACUGAAGGCUUCAACUUUCAGUAUGGGUCCAAUUUGCCUGGUCUGUGUGGUGCAUGAAGGUUGUGACACAGAUCAGCCACAAACAUUCAGCAAAAGUUUAAUUUCAUGCAAAUGAGCUGUCAUCCAGUCUGAUUAUAUAUUCGAGAAUGUUAAUUUGCUUAUAAAGAAUAUAGCUACAU